AUGUCUCCACGAAUCCUAAUCUUCGGCACCGGCAGCAUCGGCGCUGUGUACACAUACGUACUCUGUCGCGCCACUAAACCCGUCAACGUCUUCACCGUAUGUCGAUCGAACUACGACGUUGUGUCCAAACAAGGGUUAACCCUCAACUCGACGAUAUUCGGCCAAAACCUCAACGUACGGCCCCAAGUCGUCCGCACCGUUGACGAAGCCGUGGCCGCAUCCGAGGGCAAACCCUUCGACUACGUGAUCGUCACUGCGAAAGCAAUCGCCAGCACGCCCUCGAUACCGGAUCAACUCCGCCCAGCAGUGUCGGAGAGCACAACAAUCGCACUGAUCCAAAACGGCAUCGGCAUCGAAGACAUCUACCGAUCGGCCUUCCCGUCCAACCCCAUUCUAAGCUGUGUCGUCUAUCUGCCAGCGACACAGGUCCGACCCGGGACCGUAGAACACCGCGAGGUCGAGCUGCUGCACAUCGGCACAUAUCCCUCGACGGCGCCAUCGGCGCACAAAGACUCUGCCGACAAACUCGCAGCGCUGCUGCACGCCGGAGGUGCCUCGGCCGAAGUCCACGACGACAUCCAGCAGUCGCGGUGGAGCAAGCUUUUGGUCAAUGCGGCGUGGAAUCCAAUCUGUGCUCUCUCCCGCAGUCGGGACAUGCAGUUCCUUCAGUCCUCCCCGUACGCGCUGGACCUGGUCAAGGGCGUCAUGCUCGAGAUCGCCGCCGUCGCCCAGGCUUCGGGCUAUCCGUCCAUCUCGUCCGAAGUGGUCGAUUUCCAGAUCAGUCGGGCGACUGCGCGACCCUUGCCUGGUGUCGAGCCCAGCAUGCUGGCGGAUGCGGCCGCCGGGCGAAACAUGGAAGUCGACGCGAUAGUCGGCAACCCGCUGCGCAUAGCGGAGGCGAAGGGCGUCGACACGCCACUUUUGAAGACGGUGUACGCUCUCCUGAGUGGCCUCGAUGGGAGCUUUACCCGAGCGCGGCAGAGUCGGGGUUGA